AUGUGGGAGCGGGUCAGAAGAGCUUUGCUGAACUCGCUGUCCACAAUCUUCCUGCACAUCUGGAAGUGGGUACGGGCUUUCUGGCAUAAAAAUGGCCUCUUGACCCUGUCGAUGCUGUCGGUUGCCACCGGGUGCUUCCUGGGGUUCCUGCUGCGGGCACUGGAGCUGACAGAGCUGGAGAAACAGUAUUUUUCCUUUCCUGGAGAGCUCCUCAUGAGGAUGUUGAAGAUGCUGAUCCUGCCCUUGAUCACCUCUAGCCUCAUGUCCGGGCUGGCCACUAUGGACUCCAAGGCCUGCGGGAAGAUGGGGGUGAUCACUAUCACCUACUACCUUUGGACAACCUUCAUGGCAGUGAUUGUCGGGAUCAUCCUCGUGGUCAGCAUCCACCCUGGUGCAGCUGCCCAGAAGGACAACUACUCUGUGGGGAAAAUGGUGCUCAGCUCCGCUGAUGCAUUACUGGAUUUAAUCAGAAACAUGUUUCCUUCUAAUCUCAUCGAAGCUUCGUUCCAGCAGUAUCGAACCGUUCUUGUCCCGGUGGUGAAGUCUCCUGGCUUUCCAAAGAUCCCAGGCAAAUCUCUCAGUUUUAUUUACUUUGCACCCGACGAUGAAAACCCUGAAAUUCAUCGGCCUGUGUUCCUCGAGCUGACACCAUCCCCCGAGAUGACCUACAGGACCCUGCCCGGCACCAGCAAUGAGAUGAACGUCUUGGGAAUUGUCAUCUUCUCAGCAACGAUAGGACUUCUCCUGGGAAAAAUGGGCGAGCGAGGAACUCCGCUGGUUAACGUGUGCCAGUGUCUGAAUGAAGCAGUUAUGAAAAUUGUCUCAAUGGCAGUUUGGUACUUCCCCUUUGGCAUUGUAUUUCUCAUUGCUGGAAAGAUCCUGGAGAUGGAAGAUCCAUCGGUUAUAGGACAGAAGCUGGGACUAUACGCCAUUACAGUAGUGUCAGGGCUAGCCGUCCAUGGACUCAUUCUCUUACCGCUGCUUUUUGUGCUCAUCACCAAGAAAAACCCCUUUGCUUUCAUUCAGGGGAUGCUGCAAGCCUUGCUGAUCGCCUUAGCUACAUCUUCCAGCUCAGCAACCUUGCCCAUCACCCUGAAGUGUCUCCUGGAGAACAACGGAAUAGACAGACGCGUGGCACGAUUUGUCCUCCCCGUCGGUGCCACCAUCAACAUGGACGGCACCGCGCUGUACGAGGCGGUCGCCGCUAUCUUUAUUGCCCAGGUCAACGAAUAUGACUUGGAUUUGGGACAAAUUAUAACAAUAAGCAUAACAGCAACAGCAGCAAGCAUAGGGGCAGCCGGGAUCCCCCAGUCCGGGCUCGUUACGAUGGUCAUCGUGCUAACUUCUGUGGGGCUGCCGACCGACGAUAUCACACUCAUCAUCGCAGUCGACUGGGCUCUGGAUCGAUUGCGAACUAUGACCAACGUCCUUGGUGAUGCUCUGGCUGCUGGCAUCAUAGCGCACGUCUGCGAGAAAGACUUUGCCCCAAAGCCCGCAACGCAAGAUCCAGUAAGCAACACAGGCAAAUGUCCUUCUGCGGAGACCUCACAUCUGCAUCCCAAAGAUAACGUCAUUGAAAUGAUUGAAGAAACUUUGUUCGAUCAGACAGGAGUUCAUUACAACAUCUGUCAGGUGUAG